AUGUCAGUUGAACGCUAUUCAGCUGAAUUUCAUAAGUUGUCAAGGUAUGCCCCAUCCCUAGUUCCUAAUGAGGAAACAAAAGUGGAGAGGUUUUGUGAUGGCUUGAUGCCGCUCAUUCUGAAGAUGAUCAUCUUUAUGAAGAAAAAGGGAUCAGGAUUGCGGCUGCAGAUUUUGUUAGCAGGAAACAGUCGGCGUCUCGGAGCACCUCCUCCACCGCCAUCCAAGAGACAAUCUGGGAGUAGUAGUGCGGGGUCUCAGGGAAGGAUGAGCAUUUAUUCUAGCCAAGGCAGUGGUAGUAGACCACGAUGCAACACGUGUGGGAAGCUGCAUUCUAGUAAGUACAAGACUGGGUCGAAUGCAUGUUACCAAUGUGGCAAGUCAGGCCACUUUGCUAGGGAGUGCACACAAAUGGGUGCGUAUAGGGGGCAAGGAUCACAGGCCAGCAUUAAUCAGCUGAGGCCUACAGCAUCAGCACGGGUUUACUCGCUCACUUCGGAUAGCGUGCAUGCUAAGGAGAAUGCUACUGAUGUAGUCAUAGGUACAAUUCCAUUGUUUGGUAGCAUAACUUGCGUGUUAUUUGAUUCGGGUGCUGCACAUUCGUUUAUCUCAUCGUCAUAUGUGAAGUUGUGUAGACUGACCACUGAACCACUAGAGCUUAAUAUGUGCGUGACUACUCCGGUUGGUGACACUAUCACUUGUAGAAAAGAUGUGUAUAAUUGUCCUAUAGUGAUUGAAGGAAGAAUUUUGCCAGUGAAGCUUGUUGUGUUUGGCAUGUUGGGCUUUGACAUCCAAUGUGCGGUCUACUCUGCCACUCCUUUCCGUAUACAAGCUAUCAAGAAUGUUAGAGAUGGAGCACAGGCCUACUUAGUAUAUGUUCAGGCUAAGCCAAAGACUCGAGCGAAGUUAGAAGACAUUCCGAUCGUAUGUAGCUACUCGGAUGUUUUCUCCGAAAUCACGGGUUUGCCACUUAAUCGUGAAGUUGAGUUCUCCAUUGACUUGGUACCAGGGACUCAUCCUAUCCACAAGGCACCCUACCGUAUGACACUGACUGAGUUAAGAGAAUUGAAGGAGCAGCUUCAGGAGUUACUUGACCGGGACUUCAUUCGCCCAAGUGUAUCACCGUGA